AUGCAGAGCGCGCUGAAGCGGAGCUGUUCACUCGCACAGGUGCUUAACACCGAUACUCCACCAACACCGUCACACCACAUGAAGGCCAUGAGAGCAGCAUUUCUCAUUGAUGGAGGCUGCCACAUGACUGACGCAAAGGUCUGUAACGCCACUCUUCAGAUGAUGUUCAGCCGCUCACCUGCAUUGGGACAGUGCAUGUGUUCUGGACCGGAUCCAUGCAGCACUCUACAGCAGCUGUACUCUCAGUGCCAGCAUCACUGGGCUCCAAAAAACAAGCAACUUGAGGCAGAAUGGCAAGCCAGCGAUCACAAAGAACAUGGACACCACAACAAUCAAUCCUGUCUUGAAGAAAUAGUGGCUUGUCUUGGGGAGAAAUCCUGUAACAGCCGACUGGUACCAUUUGUCCAGGAAUGCAACGCCUACCAGUGCAACCCAAGUCAGUGCAGAGAGGCAUUGAGGCAGUUCUACUCGGCUCUUCCUCACAAUGUGGCUGAGAAACUGGUGUUCUGUGACUGUGAUAGAGAAGACCAGGAAUGCCAGCAGAUGAAAGCCUCUCUACACUCUGGAUCCUGUGCGAGUGACCGGUUGCAGACACCCUGGACCUGCCUGGAGGCACUGGACAGCUGCUCUGAAGAUACAUUGUGCAGGCAGAUAUUUAGCAGUUAUCUCUCCAAAUGUUUUGGCGAAAAGGAAUCUGCGCAUGAAACGACCAGUGAAUGGCUAAGUCGUCUGGACCCCGACUUCUUUCUUGGGCACGACCUCCAAUGCAGGGUGGCAUUUGUGGAAACAAUGGGUUCGAUACUUCAUCAUCCAUGCACUUGUGAUGGAUUACAUCAUCAUGAUCAAUAUAAGUGCAAUGAGCUAAAACACAUUUUCCAGGACAAGUCCCUCUUCACGCUCUCAGGGACCAAAGAAAAUUUCCGACAUGAAGAAUCCCAUGAAUUAAACACUGGGCAACAACCAAGCAGUAAAACAAGCACUGAACAGCAGUGGUUAAGUGGUGAAAAUGUCCAACAUGGACAAUUGGAUGAUUCAAGCAAUGGGCAACGACCAACCAAUGAAUCGAGCGUUAAGCAGCAGUGGUUGAGUGAUCAACUGUUUUACAUACUGAUAUACAUCUCUGCGUUAAUGGUGGUGGUAUUGUUUGUGGUCAGUCUGGUUUUGCACAGACUUUGGAGAAUACACCAAGCUGCUGGUAAACCAACUUUUGAGACCCAUCAGUCAAAGUCCCUGAUGUUGUCAUCUGUUAUUAUUUAACCUGUUAAGACGCAAUGAUCGCCGACGGCCUUAGAUUAUUAUUGUUUCACUUUCAAACAUUACACUCAUACUUGAUCUUUUGCGUAUGUCAUUUAUGUCUCCAUGCUAAAAUGGGUGGUGCUUGAG